GCUGCUGCUUCUCUGUUUGUCUCUGGGAUAACAUCUGCUGGAGGCUGCACUGACACAGCCAGGGUUACUGUAGGUCAGAGACCCACGUGGUUUAACAGAGGGGAGUGGUAAAAUGCAGAGUGUUUGAGGGACUCACAGCAGAGAGACUAUCAAACAAAUGUUGAGCAAGAACUUAGUGAAUGAAGUGAACUUAGUAAGUGAACAGUGUUUUUCUGCAGCUGAGACCUGUGUGUCAUCGAGAUUGUACUAUUCUGAAUGGCAUGAAGGCAUAGUGAGGUGAGGGGAAAAGCAAACAAAACAGAGGAACAAGAGGAGUGCAGUGGGAUUGAAGAUGAAAGAGAAGUCAAUAGUUGAAACACUUUCCAUGCCCUUUGAGAAUUCCUUCCAGCAGCAUCUAAUGGACACCAUGGAGUGCACCACAGACUGGGAAAUGGACAGUUUUCAGGAAGAAGCGUUACUGUGGUACCUGGACAGGUUAAGUUACAUUCCACAGGAGUGCGGGCUCCACAACACUUCUGAGUGUGAAGAAGUUCCAGCUGUACUUAGUCCAACAUACAAACAAAGAAAUGAAGAUUUUCGAAAACUUUUUAAACAGCUACCAGAUUCUGAGCGUCUCAUUGUAGAUUAUUCUUGUGCUUUGCAAAGGGACAUCCUUUUGCAAGGGCGGCUCUACCUGUCUGAGAAUUGGAUCUGUUUCUACAGCAACAUCUUCCGUUGGGAGACAUUGCUAACAGUACGAUUAAAAGAUAUCUGUUCGAUGACCAAGGAGAAGACUGCCAGACUUAUUCCAAAUGCCAUCCAACUCUGCACUGAAACUGAAAAGCACUUUUUUACAUCAUUUGGGGCUCGUGAUCGAACCUACAUGAUGAUGUUCCGGCUUUGGCAGAAUGCUUUGCUGGAAAAGCCUCUGUGUCCAAAGGAGCUCUGGCAUUUUGUCCAUCAGUGUUACGGGAAUGAGCUAGGGCUUACAAGUGAUGACGAAGACUAUGUGCCUCCAGAUGAUGACUUUAAUACAAUGGGAUUCUGUGAAGAAAUUCCUGUGGAAGAAGUGGAAGUAGUAAACUACAAUUCAUCAAAAAGCAGCAAUGAGGUAAAACCAGAGACCAACUCAAACCUACAGGACCCAUCUUUAACUAGUAGCAAUGUGACAUCCACUGCCAGCAGUGAUGCCCCAGCAUUUGAUGGGGGAAUGCUAGAUGAGAUCGACAGCUCAUUAGAUAAGGAGAUAUUAAUUGCAAAUCUUGAGGAACAGAAGGUGGUACUUCUUCCUCCUGUGACUUCACCAUCCUUGGACUUUAAUGAUAAUGAAGAUCUCCCCACUGAGUUGAGCGAUUCCUCAGAUACCCAUGAUGAAGGUGAAGUGCAGGCCUUUUAUGAGGAUCUGAAUGGUCGACAGUAUAUCAAUGAGGUAUUUAGUUUUAAUGUGGACAAGCUCUUCAGCCUUCUUUUCACUGAAUCUCAGUUCCAAAGAGACUUCAUGGAACAGAGACGCUUCACGGAAGUAAUAUUUCACCCCUGGAAGAAGGAAGAAAAUGGCAACCAGACAAGAGUUAUUCUUUACACCAUUGCACUUUCUAACCCAUUAGCACCCAAAUCAGCCACAGUCACAGAGAAUCAGACAUUGUACAAGGCAAGCCAAGAGAGUGAGUGCUAUGUGGUAGAUGCCGAAGUUCAGACUCACGAUAUUCCUUAUCAUGAUUACUUUUACACCAUCAAUCGGUACACAUUGACAAGAGUGGCCAGGAAUAAGAGCAGACUCAGGAUCUCAACAGAGUUACGUUAUCGGAAACAACCAUGGGGUCUUGUCAAAACCUUCAUAGAAAAAAACUUUUGGAGUGGACUUGAUGAGUAUUUUCAUCAUUUAGAGAAUGAACUGACCAAAGCAGAGACGGCAUACUUAUCUGAUCUACAUCAACAGUCCCCCAAAGUAAAAAGCAGCAAAAUCACUUCCACGCGCAGAAGGAAACGUCCCCAUACUCACCUGCGCAUCCCACAUCUACAGGAAGUCUUGAGCCCAGUUACAACUCCCACCGAUGAAGAGAGGCAGCAUCAUCACAUCAGACAUGUUGCAGGUUCUACUCAAACGCGGCAUGUUCCAGAAGAGAAACCAAGUCAUUUACAAAGCAUUUCUAAACUUCUGCUGGUAAUCAGCUGUGUUUUGGUGCUGCUAGUGAUGCUCAAUGCAAUGCUAUUUUAUAAGCUGUGGGUGCUGGAAUAUAGUACACAAGCACUGACAACAUGGCAAGGCCUCAGGCUUCAGGACAGCCACCUGCCUCAAUCACAAGCUGAGUGGACACAGUUGUUAGAAUCACAACAGAAGCACCAUGACACUGAAAUGCAAAAAUGGAAGCAAAUCAUUAAGUCUUCUGUGAUGCUGCUGGACCAGAUGAAGGAUUCGCUAAUAAACCUUCAGAAUGGAAUAAUUUCCCGAGACUUUGUUUCAGAAUCAGAAGAAAAACAGUACCAAUGAGAGCUCCUGGUGCCGACAGCCAGAGAAAAGAGUGCAAUAUGUGUAUAGAGAAGACUUGAAUGUAGAUACAUAUAUAUGUAUACUAUGGAAAUAAAUUUAUAUUAUAUAAUGAAUUAAAAAGAGAGCAGCUAUGUGGAUGAAUGGUCAUCUUCCUGCUGUCUGAUAUUGGAGGUUUUGAGAUACUGGCAAAGAUGUUUCUGACCUAAUUUCGCAGCACUUACUGUAUGUUCUAAAGAAAAGACUGUGCAGCUCUUCCAUGGAACCAGGACCUUUCCCAAUCCAAUGUACAAUUCUGCUCCAUUGCUCUACCUCCAGUGUCACAAACCUUGCAGAUGUCAGCCUGACACUGCCCUUCACCAUGGAGCUGUUCACUGGUGCCCUAAAUCGAUAGGUGCUGUGGAGAUACACAGAGACAGCCCAGAAGAAUGAUGAUGAGAAGAGGAUGGGGCUGUUGCACAAAGCUCCAUGUGGAUAUUUCAGUGCAAAAUUAAGUGACUCAUCUGCCAAGACUCCACUGCCACUAAGCACAUGUCUGACAGUGCACCAUCUGUGAAUAAUUUGUCUCCUAGAUGGAGAAAAUACAUGGAAGAAGCUUUUUUUUAACAAUA